GAGAAUUAUAAUCUAUGCAGUUCUCUUUGAAGAUUUUCAUCUUGAUGUCAAAUUACUUGACAGACAUUCAGACAAGACAAUAUUAUAGUGUGUGGGUACCGAAGAAAGAAAACUGAAAAUUGUAAAUAUGUGACUGUAAAGCAUAUAUUGCGAAAUUGAAAUUCGUAAAUGAGAUAUCAAAUCAAUCGCCGUUUCUUUUAAAAAACGGAAACAAGUAUAAAAGGAAUGAACUAUUUGAUAUGAAAUAUAUUUAAUGGAAUAGGAAAUCAGUACGACGAAACAAAGAAGCCGGCGUGGUUGCAUUGAUAAAACAUGAAUGAAGAAGAAGAAUACAAUGAAAAUGCUUGGACCUAUAUGCUAUUGUGUGUGGAACCAACUGUAUAUGAAGGUUUCCGAUUCGUUAGAGAUUUACUUUUCGCUAAUGUUGCUCUUCGUCUCAUGAUCCAGUAUAUACCGCUACCUCACAACCUUCGCCACAGUUUGAGUUUAGUUAUUGGCAGUUUCCUUUUAUAUCAUUGUAUAGGUCCUCCAUUUAUCUGGACUGUUGGACUUACAGCUAGUGCUUAUAUUCUCAUAAUUUUACUAUCAUUUGUUACUAAAAAAUGGAGAGGACUAGUGGUGUCUAUGUUUGUUAUUUCAUUUCUGUUACUUUGUGAAGUUCAUAUACUCCAUCCAAAACUAUGGCAACAAAUAAGAGGCAUCCAGAUGAUAGCAGCUAUGAAGAUAAUUUCUGUAGCAAUAGAGUUAGACAGAGAUUUAUUUAAAAAAAUGUUGAACCCUGUGGAAUUUGGAGGGUAUUUACUGUGUCCAGCUAAUUCUGUUAUUGGUCCAUGGAUAUCAUUCCACCAUUACAAUAACUACCUUGAAGUUAAAUUUCUCAACAAAAGAUGGAUUAAGUUAAUUGUUGUUGAUCUUUUUGUAUCUAUAUUCUUCUUGACUUUAUCCAAUUGUAUAGUACCAUGGUAUAUUGAUGAUUCAUUACCAAAGUGGCUAAUAGCUUAUAGAGAUGCACAAGCUUUUAGAAUGUCUCAUUAUUUUAUAUCUAGGAUGUCUAUGCUCUCAAUGACAAGUGCUGGAUUUGGACUUACAAAUGACUGUCGCUCUGAAGUUCAAGUCACUAAACCAUUCUUCAUUGAAUUGCCAAGGUCACUGGUCCAAGUGGUAAUUUAUUGGAAUAUUCCCAUGCACCAAUGGUUGAAGCAUUAUGUUUUUAAAACUUGUCAACCAUAUGGUAAAUUUGUUGCCAUAUUCAUUACAUAUGCUGUAUCAUCAUUGCUUCAUGGAUGGAAUUUCCAAUUUUCAGCUGUUCUUCUUAGUAUAGGGACAUUCUCAUAUGUUGAGUAUAAUUUACGUCUUAAGGUAGCACAAACAUUUGAAGUCUGUUGCUUAGCAAAUCCAUGUGUUAAACUAUGUGAUCACAAACACAAGAAGAACAGUAUGAUUGCAAUAAUCACUAACACAAUAUUUUCUAUAAUAACAAUCAUACACCUCGCUUAUUUAGGGGUGAUGUUUGAAGCAUCAUUUUCUGUACAAGAAUCAGGUUAUUCAUAUUUUCACACAAUUAGUAAAUGGGAAAACCUUGAUUAUUUCAGUCACAUUCUUGCAGGGUUUUUGUAUGUUGUCUAUAUACUUAUUUAAGUAAGUUUCAUAAUAGUUAAAUAACAAGCAUAGAAAAUAAGCGUCUUCUGAAUCUCUUCUUAUGAUCUCUUGCAGUAUUAUAAUUGUUUUUAUAUAAAAAUUUGAAAUUCCGUUAUAUUAAGAUUUCUUUUAAAUAGAUCUAUGAUCUUUAAAGCUUGUUAUUAAUAUUACUAAUUAUUAGAUUUUAUUUAACUAAGUAAUUAUUGUGCUGACAAAAUCAGACAAAUUAGUUUAUAUCAUGGUUUCUACUUUAUGAAACAGUGUACAUGACCCUUAUGUUAUGAUACUUCAAAACAAUAUACACUAUAAUAGCAAUUUGAUGGUUGCGUUUCCCUAGCAUGUGCACAAUUUUGAUAUAGUAGGUAUAUGCAAUUUUUAUUAACUUUUUACAUCACUUAGAUAAAGUACAAGUAGGGUCACUGAUUUAUAAUUUAUUAAACAUAGAUUCUAGAUUUGAGAUCAAAAUAGUUGUUUAAAAUGAUAUUAGAUAUAGCGAAAAUAAAACGUAUUUUAUGAUAAUUCAAAGCCAAUUUAUUUGAUUGUCUUCUAUAUUUAUGUAUUUUGUGUAACAUAAGUCAUUUGUUUUUAUAACUAAAUUAUGUGACCUGGAACUACUUUCUAUUAAUUGUACUUUAUAAUUUAUUUCCUCAGUGAUUUGAAUAUCAGUUGGAUUGCCAGAAUCUUUGUUUGAAUUGAAAUGUCUGGGUUUAGUAUAAAUUAAUAUUACUUUAUGUUCUUUUGUAACUUUUUGUAUCAUUUUGAGUAAAUUUUUUAUGUACAAAUCCAUCUUUGUUAUUUUAUGUCCUUGCUCUGACCAGUAGAAUGCCGUCAAAGUAUCAAAUAUUAGUAAUGAUAUAUUAUGAUGGUUUGACAAUAUAUUGUCUAAGUUAUGAAUAGUUGUAUACAACUGUGUUGCAUCAUAAAUGUCUAACAUGAACAAGUUACUGAGAGUUCUAUGAAGGACAUCAUUCACUUUAACACAAUCAAUAUUUGAAGCAGAUAAUGUACCCGUUCGUUUUUUCAAUGUUUUGAUAAGUUCUUCAUAGUUAAGUUUUCCAAUAGUGUUGAAAACUAAUACACCAAUGGGCUCUACACUAAUCUUGCUGGGUAAUAAAGCUUCUGCAAUUAAAUCGAUCAAUAAACUUGAAGAGAUUUCUUCACCAACUAUUUCGACAACAUCAUCCUGUUUCAGUCCGGGCUGGAAUAAAUUGCAAUAAAAGUUUUCAAUGACUGGCUUCUUUGUCAACCUUGCUAACAGUUGAACUCCUGAUUCAACUUUAUAUUUCAUUGAUGUCAUUCUGUAAAAUGUAUUAAAUAAGACGACGUUGGAACUUAUUUUAUCUUUUAUAAAAUAAGAAGAUAUUUUGUUGUUAUACAAGAAAGCAAUUAAUAAAUUUGAUUGUUGUA